CUUUUAUCUAUGACUUGAAUUGUCAUUUUGGGCCGUACCAUAUUUACCUACGUCAACGACUCGGCAGCCGUCAAUAGCGAAGUGUUUGAUCGGGUUUAAUGGCAUAUUAGUUUUAAAAAACAAUAUAUCAAAAUGAUGCAAUUCAUGCUACUAUUCAGUCGCCAAGGUAAAUUAAGACUUCAAAAAUGGUACGUAGCAUACACAGACAAAUUAAAGAAAAAAAUUACUAGGGAAUUAAUUACUACCAUAUUAGCAAGGAAACCUAAAAUGUGUUCAUUUUUAGAAUGGAAGGAUGUUAAAGUUGUAUAUAAAAGGUAUGCAAGUUUAUAUUUUUGUUGUGCAAUUGAACAGAAUGAUAAUGAACUAUUAACACUCGAGAUAAUACACAGAUAUGUAGAACUAUUAGACAAAUAUUUUGGCAGCGUUUGUGAAUUAGAUAUAAUUUUCAAUUUUGAAAAAGCCUAUUUCAUAUUGGAUGAACUUCUUGUUGGUGGUGAACUUCAAGAAACUUCUAAAAAAAAUGUUUUAAAAGCGAUAGCAGCUCAAGAUCUCUUGCAGGAGGAGGAGACGCCGCAGGGAUUCUUCGACGAUCACGGCUUGGGCUAGUAACAAAAUACCACCACAAUCUUCGAUAAACAACAAAAUUUAAUUUAGUUAUGGACUUCUUCAUACCCUUAGAUUAUUUGUCGAUUUCUGUUUUAAUCCCCCUGUCAUGUCGCUUGUGGAAAUAUUUAACAUCUUAGUUGAUAGAGUAUAAUAACUAUAUU